UGCGGGCCGGGAUGCGGGCCGGGAUGCGGGCCGGGAUGCGGGUGCUGGCCGUGCUGCUGUGCGCGCUGCGGGCCGGCGGCACCGAGCUGACCUUCGAGCUGCCCGACAGCGCCAAGCAGUGCUUCCACCAGGAGCUGGAGCGCGGCCUCAAGUUCACGCUGGACUACCAGGUGAUCACCGGCGGACACUACGACGUGGACUGCUACGUGGAGGACCCCAACGGCAGGACGAUCUACAAGGAGACCAAGAAGCAGUACGACAGCUUCCCGCACCGUACCGAAGUCAAGGGCGUCUACACCUUCUGCUUCAGCAAUGAGUUCUCCACCUUCUCCCACAAAACCGUCUACUUCGACUUCCAGGUGGGCGACGAGCCACCGAUCCUGCCCGACAUGAGCAACCGCGUCACCGCCCUGACACAGAUGGAGUCCGCCUGUGUCACCAUCCACGAGGCUCUGAACACAGUGAUCGACUCCCAGACUCACUACCGCCUGCGGGAAGCACAGGACCGGAGCAGAGCCGAAGACCUCAACGGCCGGGUCUCAUACUGGUCGGUUGGGGAAACCCUCAUCCUCUUUGUGGUCAGCAUUGGGCAAGUGAUGCUGCUCAAAAGCUUCUUCACCGAGAAGAGACCCGGCAGCAGCGGGACCAGCACCUAGAGCCGCAGCCGUUCUGUGCCCAAACUGCGCGGGGGGAGCGGGCAGGCAGCAUUAUCCUGGGUCACGGUUUACCUCUGUUUUUCACAAGGUGCUGCAGUGGGGAGGUGGCUGGGGGGGAGCAGGGGAUGAUGUGACACUGCUGAGCCAGGUGGAAAAUGGUCACCCAGGCAUGGGCAACCCCCAGCCAAUCCCCCCAGCAUCACCUCCCGCUUUGCUUUCGCCUGCCCUGCGGCCCUGUCCCCUCGCCCAGCCAGUCUGUCCCCACUCACCAGCUCCACCAGGGAAGCGGUUGGGUGCGCUGGGGUUUGGCAUCAACACUCUGGUCCCUUGUCCGACGCCUGAGGCACCUUCAGAGCCCGAUGUGACUGCAAGGUGCAGCCUGGCAUCCAGCAAGGCCACACGCUGCCCACGCACACCCAGUGGGACAGGGAGCUCUGCCCAGGCCAGCGAAGGGAUAGGACAACACCAACCCACCCAGCGCCCACCUUCCGAGCACUCCUGCCCCCAGCUGAGUGCUGUUAGCCCGGAGCAGAGCUGCCCUGCAGGCUGCAAGCUCUGUGCCUGCAGGCAGAGGAGCGGUGAGCACAGCUCCCCUUUUUUCCCUAGGCCAGGGCCAAAGUCGGCAGCAGCGUCCCAGGAGCCACUGGCUCAAAAACAGAGGCAAGGUUUCAGCAGGGCCUUUUGGCUUGGUGGUUUCCAUUGCUUUGCAAGCCCCCAUCCUCACAGUGAAGCAUUUCCCAGGCCCUCCUGUGCCGUGAAAGCAAGCAGCAUGCCCCAUACAA